CCAAAAAUACCGACGACAGUUGUUUAUUAUACAGUAUAACAGAAGUAACAGCAGACGUCGCAGUAAUAGUGGUAGUAGUAGCAGUAGUAGUAGUAGUAGAAGCAGUACUGUUACACUCUACUUUCACUGGCGCAACACCAAAACGAGUAUAACGACGAUAGCUUUCGACCGACCGUUCGCGACUCGGUCCAGUGUGAUAAACUCGCGCGCGGGCACGUCGCAAAUAAUUUUUAGUCGGUGAUAUUCGCGCGGGCGCUGUUUGCACCGUCGUAGUCUUCGGGGAAAAAAAAAAAAAUCUCUCAUUGUCGGACAUAGCCGAGCAUCAACGUCCGCCGCACAUCCGACCGGUGACCAGAAACAGCGGAUUUCACGAGACGAAAACCCGACCGACAGAUCUCCAACGCCGGCGACAUGAACACGUCCGCUCUCGUCUGGUUCGCCCUUUGCUGUUGCUCGUCGUUGGCCGUUCCGGUGCCCGACCGACGGCUCCGGCAGACCGACCGGGUCGCCACUGACGCAGCUGCGACGACGGACCAACCGUUCGACCCGUCGUUGGACGCCUUGGCGGACGCCAAGUACGACGAAGCCUCCGACGACGACGCCACCACCGACGACAGGGAGAAGCGGCAGUUGUCCUUCGUCCAGGGCAAGCUGUUGAAUUUUUUGAAACCGUUACCAGUGGUCGAUGUGACUAAAGAAGAAGAGAAAUACGGCAACGACGGUGACAAAUUUAACAGGAUCGGACGAGGUUUAAUCGGCGGCGUGGAAACUGUUUCCAAUAUGCUGACCUCGGCGCUUUCGUUUCCAGUGGACACGGCGAAAAAAUUAUCCAGGUCAGCUACCGAAAUGUUAAACAAUUUAGGUGGAAGAUUGAUAGGACUGCAAUGAUAACGUAAAUCAGUUAUAAUCAGUGUGCAAUAAAUAUGUAUAAUUAUAUUUAGUAGUAUAUGUUACGACACUUAAAAUGUUAUUUCGUGUUUAUUAAAUCAUU